AGGGAGCGAGAGAGAGGGCUGUUGCAUUUGCAAGCAGAGUCUCUGCAAUUUCUGCUCCUGCAGCCGCUUGUCCCUCAUCUCCUUCACUCCUGUGCUCUGUUGCGGUGUAGCUUCUGAAUCGACUUUUCCUCUUCGCCGUUGUUCCAUUGAUGCACUGAACUUAUUGCUUGAGGUUCUUGUUUUGCAGUUUACGGUUUGGUGCCUUAUCCACUGUGAAAGACUGUGGGUUUUUGUUGGGGUUUAAGCUUGGUUUGGGGGAGCGAGCGAGAAUGGCCGCAUUCUGAAGUCGACGUUUGGGAGGGAAUAUGGCGGCUGCAGCUGGAGGGAUUGUGAUAGGGGACCUCCGGCUCCGUGAAAGCCUUCACGCUCUGUCCUGCAUUUCGCGGUCUUCUCCUUCUGAGUUUCUCCCCUCUUGCAGUCAUCUCUGUCUUGGUCGAAGCCGUGGAAGCUGCUCAUGGAGAGAGCGGAGUGGAACAAGAGCUUUUGUUACCGUGCAAUUGAGAGAAACUGGGAAUUUUUCAGAGGGUUUGCUAGAGGGAAUUACUCAGGGCUUGUACUCGGACAAGGAUAAUUUGGGGAAUGGACAUACUGAACGUUCUGCACAUUCUUCUGAUGGCGAUGGAAAGGGUGUUCCUUCUUUGGACAUCCCCUUCCCCUCUUGUGAUAGGUCCAUGUCAAGUUACAUUCAAGCAAUCGGUACAUUACAAGAGAAGCGUUUAAUUUCGAAUGUGGCCGAUACUUUAACCAUAAGGAGCCAGGUAGAUAAUUCUUUGAAUGUAGAAGAACGCCCCGCCAUUAAGGUCGGGGGAAGAUUAUCUAAGAGGAAUAUAUACACUACUAGACAACAACAUAGAAUAGUUGAUUCCGGGAAGUUGAACGGUUAUGGGAGGGAUCAGAAGACGAUAAAAAAGGAUAGAUAUGUAUCUGAUUCAGCCAGGGACCCGAAGCAGAAGACUCUCAAUUUGAUUAAGGCGCUAGAUGGAUUUCCUAAUAAUAGUACUGACCAUUUACUCGAGAAUUCCGAGUUGCAGUUCUCAUCACGGGAAUGUGCUUUUAUUCUCAAUUCUCUGCAGAGCCAGGAUAGAGCGUUAGAAGCGUUUCAAUGGAUGCGGGAAACCGGGAAGACAAGAGGUAAUGUGUAUGCAUACAAUAUAAUGUUCAAGAUUCUAGGAGCCAGGCAUGAGUGGUCGAAGAUUGACGAUUUUCUAGGGGGGAAAAUGCAAGAAGAUGAAUGCGAACCUGAUCAGUACACAUUCAAUACCUUGAUUAUGAGUGCAAGUAAGGCCAACUAUGUAGACUAUGCAACGAUAACUUUCCAGUUAAUGUUACAGACGGGUGUUCUCCCAAGCAUUUUGACCUACAGUAUGAUGCUACUGUUAUACCAAAGGCAUCGUAAAGUCGCCGAAGCAGAGAGUGUUUUCUCUCACAUGCUGAAUAGUGGUGUUCAAGCAGUUGUGGCAUACUCUGUCAUGAUCGCAUUGUACAAUCGGGAAGGGUUGUUUGAAAAGUCGGAGCAAAUUGUGACAGAGAUGAGAAGAAAUAAUGUGACACCUGACCGAGACAACUGGUUGAAGCAAUUGAAUACUUAUGGACAACAGGGGAAAAUCGAAGAAGCAGAGCGCAUAAUGGACACAGUGGAGGAAUCAGGGAUGAGUCUGGGCCUCGUUGGUUACAACUCCAUGAUCACUGCCUAUGGAAAGGCGUGCCUUUACGAUAAAGCUGCUCGGCUUGUUGAAAAGAUGAGAGAGGAGGACCUUGUGCCAGAUUCGAUCACGUACAGCUGUAUGAUAGGAGCGUGUGGGCGCGUGGGAAAGCUCAAGGAAGCAUUGUCUUGGUUUGCUGAGAUGAAGAGGCUGGAAAUCAAACCAGCAUCAUCGAAUUUUAAUACUUUGAUAAGUCUCUACGGGAAAGCAAAAGAUGUAGAGGGAAUCGUUCGUGUUAUAACAGAAAUGAAGAAAUAUGGGUGCAAACCCGACUGGCAGACACUAGAUGCGGCUGUGAGAGCGUACGAUAGGGCGGGUCUUAUUAAAGAUGUCACGGAAAUCCUCAACUUGCUGCGAGAUGCGGGCUGGGUCGAGGAGACGGGAAGCUAUGGCACGCUGCUACACGUUUACUUGAAAUGCAAUCUCCCCAAAGAGGCCUUGCGAAUAUUUUUAGCUAUGCGCAAAGCUGGUAUGGCUCCGAAGGAGUACAUGUGCCGUAGCUUGAUUUGCACAUUUAGGGAUGCUGAAAUGUUCGACGGUGCAAAAUCAGUGUUCAAGGAAAUGCAGGUUGCAGGUGUCACUCCUAGCUUGGAGAGCUCAUGCACUAUGAUCUAUGUUUAUGGUAUGAACGGCGAUGUUAAAGAGGCCGAAGGUCUUUUUCACUCACUUCGAAGUUCAGUCAAAAGAUUAGAUAUCUUUGCUUAUAAUGUCAUGAUCAAUGUAUAUAUGCGUUGUGACAUGCCUGAAGGGGCUAUCAAGGUGUACAAAUUGAUGGAAGAAGACCAUCUGCUUCCUGACGCGUAUACAUAUCAUUCUAUGCUGAGGAUGUGUCAGAAGUGUAACCUCCCGGCGCAAGCCGAGGAGAUUUAUUGGAGGUUGAGAAACUCUGACGUUGAGCUAGAUGAAGUAAUGUGCAACUGCGUGUUGAAUACCUGCGCAAAAUUUUUGCCGCUCGAGGAGAUGCAUAAAUUGUUUCAGGAGAUGAUCGAUGUUGGGUAUGUUCCAUAUAAUAUUACCUUCAACGUAAUGAUAGAUUUGUACGGCAAAGCUGGUAUGCCGGAAAGGGCACACAAAGCUCUGAAAUUAGCUCAGCAAUUUGGAUCAGCAGACAAGAUAAGUUUCAGCACUUUGGUUCAUGCUUACGCUAAAAAGCAAGACUUUCCGAAUAUGGAGGCAGCACUUUGGGAAAUGCAGAAUGCAGGAUAUGGAAGCUCCUUGGAGGCGUACAAUUCCAUACUUGACGCGUAUGGAAAAGCAGGUCAGAUGGAGAAAGUUUCGGACGUACUUGCUCGAAUGGAGAAUUCAGGCAUGCGGAUGGACCUUGCAUCGUAUAAUAUACUUAUCAAUACGUAUGGAAAGAACUACAUGAUUGCUGAAAUGGAGACUCUGUUUCGCACGAUGCAGGAAGAGGGCGUUGUGCCUGACAGGUGGACGUACAAUACUAUUAUUAGAACAUAUGGUUUUGCGGAUUAUCCUGAUAGAGCUGUGUACUGGUUUAAGGCGAUGCAAGACGCAGGGAUUUCACCAGACAGAGUAACGUAUAUGAUUCUUGUCAGUACUUUCGAAAGAGCAGGAAAUAUUGAUGAAGCAGCGAGGUGGUGCUUACGGAUGAGUCAAGCAGGAUACACAAGAUGAUAAUCAUAGAGACAGUAGUAUCUAACUGCUUAUGUAAAUGCCACUUCUUUCAUCAUACUAACGUAGAGUCAGCAGAAUAUUUUCCACGGCCUUCUUCGUUUGUUUCUCCAGGAUCGGCACAGAUAGAAUCUAAGGACAAUCUUGUAUUGGAACUUGAGAAUUACAUUAUAGUGCAUUGCUGACUUGGUACUCUUUUUAUCUGAUAGUAGCAGUGAUGUAGCUUUCAUUUUUGGGUAGUUAAAACUUUUCCGCGUUAUCCAUGA